AUGAUUUGUGGGGGCCGCAGCUGUUCGGCACGGCGUGCCCCUAGCAAAGUCCGUGUUUCGAUUGGGGAUUGGGCGUACGAAGGUGAGUCUGCCGGGUGGGAGGACGCCCCCCCGUGCUGCGAAAGGAAGGAACGUGCGCGUGUUGCAACCAAGAUUUUGUUGCCUGGAUGGCCUGUGUUUUCACAUUCGCUUUCGUCACAGGGUCCCAUGGCUCCCUGGAGUGGCUUUUGGCGGAGGGGCAGAGAUGGGGCCCACCCCAUCAUGGCCCCAGGGGACCAGGACUGUUUGAGAGGGGGGGAUGUUUUUAUGCCCGUACAUUUUAUUUGGGUUCGAGAGGGGGAGUGCGGGAUUGGGUUCCUGUAUGAUAUCGGCGACUCCGACGUCCAGGCGAAUAAAUUUCUGCAACAAAUCAUGAACGGCGAUUCCAGUCUCGCUUCUGCAGAGGCGUCCACCGAGUGGCAGAGAGUUGCCUCAGGAGCGACCAAAUGCAUGUUGCCAGUCUGUGGGGGACUCAGGUAUUGA